CCGGCCGGCCGGUGUGUCGCAGAUGGUUGGAUUCCAUGCUUCUGCGAAGAAGCAGAUUCUGCCUCCUUUGCCUCAAUCUAUGGAGGGAACUGUGAACGACCCCGCUCCCAUCCCCGAGACUCACCCCUCCGAAGGCAGCUACCACUGGACCUUUGAGCGUCUGGUCGCCCUCGGCCUCGUCCCCCUGUGCGUCGCCCCCUUCGCAGCCGGCUCCCUCAACCCCGUCAUGGACGCCGUCCUCUGCUCCGGUCUGAUCCUGCACUCGCACAUCGGCUUCCAGGCCUCCAUCAUCGACUACUUCCCCACCCGUCGCGUGCCCAAGACGCACACCACCUGCAACUGGCUCCUGCGCGCCUUCACCCUCGGUACCGCUGUUGGGCUGUAUGAGUUUGAGACGAACGAUGUGGGCUUGACGGAGGCUAUCCGGAGGGUGUGGACGGCGUAAAAAUUACCCUUUGUUUGAUUUGACUGUUUGGUGUUGUUUUUUGAUAUUCUCUCGUUGAGAUUUCUUCUGUCUAUGUGUAUAUGUUUUAGGUCAGUGAGAACUGUUCUUUUUUAUUUUUGUCUUGUAGUGGAUAUGCAUGCUGUCUGUAUGACAUGCAUACAUGUAUAUCACUCCAUAUGAUAGGCAUACAUGUCUA